GUUUUCUACCUGCUGUGGAUAGAUCUGCAAGAGGCAACUAUGGCCUUAUGGACCAAGUAGCAGCAUUGCAUUGGAUCCAAGAGAACAUAGGCGAAUUCGGAGGAGACGUGGAAAAUGUGACUAUUUUUGGCCAUGGACAUGGAGCUGCUUGUGUUAAUCUUCUCAUGCUGUCCCCAAUGGCUAAAGGUCUCUUCCAUCGAGCAAUAAUGCAAAGUGGAUCUGCACUUUCUCCGUGGGCCAUUGCCAGAGAUUCCAUCACAUACACAUUACACAUUGCUAGAGUACUUGACUGUCCAGCACAGCACAAUACUGCUCUAGUGGAGUGUCUGCGCAAGAGAGAUCUCCAGGAUAUAAUGGAUGUUGAAAUCCAAACUCCUGAUUACUUAUCUUCAUUCGGCCCUACAGUUGAUGGUAUAGUCCUGCCUCAAGAUCCGGCAGAAAUCAUGGAGAAGAAUGCUCAGCUUUUCUCUCAGUAUGAUCUUAUGUUUGGAAACACAAGAGUAGAAUCCUAUUUCCAGUUUUCGGCAAUGGAGGAGAAAUUUGGCAUUGAUAGCGCCAGAAGAGAUCGAGUUUUGAGGACGUUGGUUCGAAAUCUUUUUACAUAUCAUUUACAAGAGAUAUAUCUGACUAUAGUGAAUGAGUACAUGGAUUGGUCCAAACCGUUUCUCCAUCCCACUGAUGUCUUCGAUGGUACUAUAGAUGCUAUCGGCGAUGGCUUGGUCGUGGCCCCCAUCACCCGAGCAGGUUCUUUCCAUAGCGGAGGCAUACAGAAAGAAAACAGCUACUCUUUCUCAUCCUCAUUAUCAACAUCGGGAGUGAAGAAGAGUUAUUUUUAUGUUUUUGGUUAUCAGACGGAGUACGGAGAUUAUUCUUCAAGGCUCGGUUGCGUCACAGGGGAAGAUCUUCCCUACGUGUUCGGUGCUCCCCUUGUAACAUCACUCUCACAUUUUGCCACAAAUUAUACCAAACAAGAGUCAACACUUUCCGAGGUUAUCAUGCUUCAGUGGACCAACUUUGCAAAGUUUGGUGAUCCUAAUAUCAUCGCAUCCGAUGGAGAAGCUCAAAGUGAAAAUUUAAAGGGUCGUUAUAAGAAAAUCACGUGGCACCCCUAUGAACCGGUGCACCAAAAAUAUCUUAGUAUAUAUAUGAAACCUAAAGUCAAAGAUCAUUACCAUGCGCAUCGUCUCUCUUAUUGGCUGAAUCUUAUACCUCGACUUCAUAACUCUGGUGAUGUAAAUGUUUCUGCGCAACACCACCGUCUGCAGGACCACGAUAAUCCACGCAGCUAUGAUGGAAUCGUUCGUCAGCCACCUGGAGGUGGCGAUCCAUUCCCUUCACCAGCACCAUCAUCAUCAGCUAAAGACCAAGAAUUGCUCUCAGAACUGAAGAACGACUCAAAAAGCGAUGUCAACAUAUCACUCAAACUGGACUCUAAAGAAACGGAAAUGAUAUCUAAACUCGAUAAAGGCAACAGUACAAAAUUCCUCAGUGGUCAGAGAGUGUACACUACAGCACUCAUUGUCACGAUAGCAGUUGGUUGCUCUCUCCUUGUGUUAAAUGUUCUCAUCUUUGCUGGAAUUUACUAUCAAAAAGAGAAAGACAACUUGGAGAAGAAACUACAGAAGACAUUUUACCAGGAAAGACGUAGUGAUGACGAAGAAGGCCAUCCUUCAGGAGAGAAGCCAUUCUUGGUAAAAGAUUUAUCAUCAUCAAUGAUGCUCAAUCAGUAUUGUUCUCAACAAGAAUUCGAUGGUAGUCAGACACUGGAUUUAGUCCAGCCAAGUAAGGCUAAGCAGUACCAGCAUCACACUUUACCUUCUGCAAAUAGUUGCGAAUCAUGUGACAGUCAGUUUCAUAUGAGCAGCAGAACGCCACAGGGAGAAAAGGGUGUUAGUGUGAGAGAGGCUCAACCCCUUCUUACACCACCGUCCUCAAAUCCGCACACCAUCACAGCAACGGCAGACUGUUUACAAGGUUGGCAACACGCUCAAGAAAUGUCAGUAUUUGGCAUAGAUGGACAUACAUAAAAAGCUGUAUUUCGCACCAACUAAAUCAUGUUUCCAGAAGAAUGAAAGAAGAUUGCUCGAUACUGCAGGAUAUUUGCCUUGCUGAGUUCAAAGUCUUUUCACAGAAUUCAUAUAAGGCUAUAUAUACACCAAUCUCCCCAUGAAAUAUUUGAUGAACUUUAAUCAACAAUAGGGCCAACUGUACGGAAGAAGUAAAAUAUUUGGACUUAAUCUUCAACCGCCCUCACUAUUGUUUUAGAUAAAUUUUGUGUACUGAAGUGAAAUUUUGAAAUACUCAACUGUGAUGAAUAACAUUGUCAACAUGAAUAAAGUGUGAAAUAUUUUUGCAUUAAAA